CUAACAAACUUUGUUCCCACCGCCGUUGGUCUGGGCGGAUUAAUAGCUCACUCAAUAAUUGACAGUCGAAUGUCAACGACUUCAGUGAGUACAUCAAGGUGUUAUCUUUGAGACAAGACAAACCCGAAUGUCUUGAGUGGUCUGUACUCUAUCAUGGGAAAUGUCAAAGAAGAGGAGGAAGCUUUGAACAAAGAAAGCACGGAGGAGGGGAAGGGGAUCAACAGCGCACAGCUCGAAGAUGUUUGGCGGCUUGUUGGAGGGUUCGGACGCUAUCCCGCUCUACUUGCAAUCUUUAAUUGCUAUAUCACCAUAAUCGUGUGCCUUCAGCAGUUUGUGCAAACAUACUAUGGGUCUGCGCCGAAUUUCCAGUGCGUUCCUUCUGUGGGUAAUUCCUCGGCAAGCACUUGGGGUCAAUCUUCGUGGUGUCCCAUCAAUAAGUGCGGUUGUGCAAAUUGCACCCAGUAUGUAUUUGAUGAAAAUGAGUUUACAAGUGCUGUCUCCGAGUGGAAUUUGAUUUGUGACCGCGCGCACCUCAAGGCCAUGACUCAGUCAGUCUACAUGGCGGGACUCCUCGUCGGCUCCGUCGUGUUCGGAAAGAUUUCGGAUCACUUCGGUAGAAAAUUAACCAUAUUUCUUAGCUUAUUCCUGAUGGUGGUGUUUGGCUUUGGCUCGGCGUUCGCCAACACCCUGACUCUCUUUGCCGUUAUGCGAUUUUUCUGUGGUAUGGCGACCGCCGGUUGCCUCUUGGUCCGUUUCGUCUACAGCAUGGAGAUCACCAACCUGGCUAAUCGGACCGCUAUGGGCAUUAUGAUGAACCUGUUUAUUGUUUUGGGUGCAUUGACGCUGACCUUGAUCGCAUAUCUCGUCCGCGACUUCCGUUAUCUGAUGCUGAGUUGUGUACUUCCUGGUAUACCUCCUUUACUAUUGUGGAAGUGGAUUCCUGAGACCCCUCCCUGGCUCAUUGCUAAAGGCAAGCUACCCGAAGCUCAGCGCGUUUUCGAGAGUUACGCGAAGCUAAGUGGAGUCAAAGUCGACAGUGAUCAUCUCGCUGGCACCAUUCUCGCAGUCAAAAAGACGCAGUCUUCAUUGACGGGAAAAACAGGUCCUCCGUCCAUAAUUGCUUUAGUGAAGACGCUGAAACUACGAAAAAGGAAUUUGAUUCUUGCAUACAACUGGUUUGUGAACUCUGUUGUGUUUUACGGCAUCACGCUAAACGCCAGGAACCUCGGUGGAUCACUGCACCUUAACGUGUUUAUUUUAUUCGUCGUCGGUCUGCCCGCACUACUUACCCUAUGGGUCGUUCUUGGAAGAUGUGGUAGACGUGUUGGCUAUUGUUCGUACAUGAUGCUUGGUGGCCUGGCCUGCUUACUUGUCCUUGCCGUACCGGGUGAGACUGGUGACCAUCCAGCAAUCAAAGCGUUAGCGGUCUGCGGUGAUUUCUUCAUACUCGCCACCUUUUCCAGCGUGUACAUCUAUACAACUGAGCUAAAUCCCACACUCUUGAGGAACCUGUCCCUUGGCGUAGGAUCCAUGAUGUCACGUGUCGGUGGGAUUAUUGCGCCUUACAUUGUCUUCCUGAACGACUUUAUGCAAAACCUACCGUUAGUUGUGUUUGGCGUCAUGGCGUUCUCCGCUGGCCUGAUAGCACUGAUGUUACCAGAAACCUUGUACAGCCCCAUGCCCCAGACCGUGGAGCAAGCGGAGACCUGGGCAGAGGACUACAAACUACCAUGCGCGAGGUUUCAUCAGCGCAAAGCUGAAGAGGUCAUCAUAGACGACGAGUUCCCCAACGAGAAAACAUCGAACGGCCAUAACGAUUCGAGCGAUGAAAAUACCGUAGGAAUGACGGAAAGUACACUCUAACAUACUGCAUACUCUUUUACAUAUCCAUGUAUUUCUAUGUACUUCUAUAAGUGUGUUUUUGAGGGUCUCGAAGGGAAUACCUGAUUUACGGUAAACAGUUAAACAACAGGCGUUUUUUUACGCGACAGUUGUUCCAAACACCUCUGCACAUAUUAAAUUGAUUAUCAUCCAUGCCUGGAACUAUUGUCAUUGCAAUAGCUAGAAAAAUUCGUGUUGGGAGGGGACGGGGAAUACUUAGCCAUUACAUGAUUGGGGUAACAAGGGCUGGAGGGGUUGAGGGGAGGGUUGUGGCAGAACCCGCAAGCCGCGAACAUACGACACUAGGUGCGUUAGACAUUGGCCGCGAAUUUUAAGAUAUGUUUAACUUGAGCUUAUGCCGAGGACAAAAUGCCAUAUACUUGAUGUCUACGGUCAGUAUUAUAAUAUAGGUAUCAUAUAUGUAUCAUAAGAAUUAUAUUUAAAGGGCGCCGCGUGGGUAAAAUCCGAGCCCAAAAAAUGCUCUACAUAAAUAUUAUGCUAUAAUGGCGUCGUAUGCUAUUAAUAUACCAUUGCGUUCGUCAAACCCCCCCGAUAUAAGGCAUAAUAUCGAGUAUCAAACUGUAAAAUGCCGAUUAUUACCCACGUUAGGGGCUGUCCCCAGGGGCUUUCUUGCCGCAAAUAUUAUGACAAUAUCACGUGACGCGGCGAGUAAGAUAUUCCCUGCGCGUGGGACUGGUGUUUGAUUGACAGGGGGAAGCCAUUAAAGUGACGUAGCUAGAGGGAAAAGGGUGGAAACUUAUAUCUCCACGUUAAAAAGUUUGUUGUGUUCACCUAGAAUAAAAAAGGCAAUAAUGGAUGAGAUUUAGAUAGGAGCCAUUUUUUUUAAGCAAUAAGCGACGGAAACUAAAAUGGCGACUCCAUUUGCACUUUUGUAUUGUUAAGGGUACAUUGUUCUUUUUUAUUUGGUCUAGUAUUUCACUUUUAAGUUGCACUUUAAGCGACGCCUUUAAGCCAUGACGAUUUGCCGCUUGAGAAUAUCGUAGUUAAGUGCUGGGUACUUUCCCUUUUAGAGAAAGCUUACCUAUACACGAAAAUGACUCAGAGAUUACCACACCUUUCAAGGAUACGGCCUUAUGGGUGUAUUAAAUUAGAUAAUUGAUCUAUUUACUCAGAAAUACAAUGAAUAUUUACCUAAAUGAUAUAUACAUCCAUUCAUUGAGUCAGAACUUAGUUCAGGUGACUGCAAUAGAAAAGAACUAGAAAAAAAGUAUAACCUACACGAGAAAUGAUUUUUUCAUUCCCCUUUCUUUUAGAUAGUUGUGUUUGUUGAGUAUAUUGAAUGAAAAAUUGAAUAAUUCCCUCUCAAGGUCAUUCUGUUUCCUGAGAGUGGAUGUGUGUAACAAUUAGAUUUCAAGUUGAGGAAGCACAAGGGAUCUCCUUCAAUAAAUUAUGGCUCAUAUUUGACAACCCUAUCCUGAGAAUAUUCUAGAUGUGUCUGGUGAUUUCCUCUCGGUUUACCGUUUUCUAUUUUUCAGGUGCAAUGUAUAAACUCGACUAUAACAUCCAUGUUUAAGAGAGAAAUGGACGGAUAAUGGGAAUCGAUAUUGCUUUAAAAGACAUUUAGUUGACAAAAGGAUAUUUAGAGCAGUGAGGGGGAAUAAUAUAUAGAGAUAAAAUUCAAUUAUGUGCUUUCCUGAUGAAAAAAAAAUAAAAAAAACAGGGCUUCGUUAUGCCGGGAGUCCACCUCGCAACUGAGAGAGAGAGUAACAAAAAAAUGGGAAAGGCAAUGAGUGGAUAGGGAGAAAAGUGAAUAGAAGGAAAACGAAAAAAUGGAUGUAAAGAGAAAACAAACUUUCUUUGUUAUGGGAAGGAGAAGAGCAAGAAAACAAACCCAUUAAAACUACUGAGGUCGAGGAUAAAAAGGCGGAAAACACUGAUAGACACUUUAAAUGAAAAGUCAAAAUCCUUAUUCUUGAUUUCUUUUGUGUUUUAGUCUGUUUGCCUAUGCUCGACUGCACAUGGCGGCAUGAUGUCCCGUUUUUCCUCUUCAAACACAAAGUAAUACUCACAGAAAUCCACACUUUCCUGAUUAAACCUAAAUAAUUAACAAAGUGUUAUUCUAGAAAAAGCAGACUACCACAUGUGAACGCACAAAUUUCAAUGAUCUCUUUUUAGAUAGAGUGUGUUUUUUAAGUAAUUGCUUAAUAAGCUCGCGCCAUUACUUUAUCAAACCAGCUUUUCAUCUUACUCAUGUCAGACAUUUUCCGUUCUCUGUCACACAAACCACAGAAAACGAGAAACAGUGUCAACAAUCACCUAAUCGGAGAACAGAGGUAAAAAAAUCACCAGGCAUUGAUUAAAGAUUACGUGAAAGGUUUCUUUUAAGUAAAACACUCAAAUAAAACAUCCAACUCGGGAUGUUAUGUACACAAAGUACUAAAACUAAUUAACCAUUUUUUGUCUUACUUAGUACUAUUAAUACUAUGAACGUUUUUAACUUUAAUGAUAAAGUAACUACAGGUUCUUUUUACAAUAAAAAAAUGGCAUAGCUGUAAUAGCCAAUAGCGCCCAACGCCGACAGGUGGAAGCAAAAAAAAAAAAAGAAACGCCUGGCAUACACAUAUGUCUCGAUAACAUCUGUGCGCAAACUUUGGUGCCAAGAUUAGCCUCGCUCUAGCCAAGAAGGAAGGACACACGACGUUCCUACGGAAGCGAUCCGACAGCCCAAUCUAUAAAACACGCCGAAUUUGCCAGAAACACCACACAAAUAAUCGAGUGCUUGAGGUUACAAGUUGCACUUCACAUUAUCUCAAGGAUGGCUAGGUCUUGGGUUUUAGUCUUUCUAAUGGCUGCUGUUCUAUUUGUCGGUUCGCAAGGCUACACCAGUCAGUGGGGUAAGAGAGACUUCAGACCAAAGGUGCGUGACGAGCCGAACAUGGAGAGAGGACGAGGACUUAUCUGCGCAGCCGCGCGAGAAAUGCGAUGCGACCAGCUCGCCAACAUCGAUGACAAGCGGGGAACAUUCAUCAGACGAUCUGUACUGAAUAAUUAACAAGGAAAUGCACUGCUUGAUGAUCUCAUAAAUCGUGAACACUAAUGAUAUGUAUUUUCGUACAAGGAAUAAAUCGAUCUCAGAAAAGAGAAUUUGUGGACGAAUUGUCAACGGAGUACAUGCCUUGUUACAACACUGUGAACUAGUGCUCUCUUACUCUCGCUCAAUGUCGACGCUUAAAUUUAUCUAGUGCAAGACCACUGUAAAAUUUGUGAUGCUCUUGAAACGAUUCAUAAGAAAAAACAAGGUGUCAGCAUUUUAAUAAACUCCCUACAUCAA